AUGUCAUCAAGACGGCAAACAAAAAAAGACAGAGAGCUUGAAGAAGCGCGAAAGAAGAUAAGAGGGGAAGGCUAUCCACGAGCAACAAUUCUCAGUAAAGAAACUACUCUCGAAUCGCUAAAGGAAAAGUUAAAAAAACACCGGGACGAUCAAGUAAAAACCCGCCGUGCACUUCCAGAUUUGAUAAGACAGAAAACCGAGUUGUUGAAAAAAGGCGACACGAAGGCAUUAGGUGUUUGGCAAGAGAAUAAGGAAAACAAAAGGGUCACGCGCAAAUACCGCACAAAAGAGCAUGAUGAUUUCACCCGCACUCAAUCGCUUCUCGAAGACUUUCUCUACUUUCAAAACCAUUUGCAUCGACAAAACAGAUACUCUAAAAUCAAAAUGAGGGAGACACGUGGUUGGUACCUUGACAGUGUGAAUUCCAACAGUGGGCAGAUGAAACCGGAGGGUCGCCAGGACAUACUAGAUGCAUUUGACAAAGCCAAAAUAGGCGGGCCGCGUCAUCGCAAUGGAUUUUUGGAUUGGGAUGGUAAUGAGGUUAGUGAAAGGGGAUCAGAUCAAGAGCCCAGGCCAAUUCGGUUUAACGAGUUGCAUCUAUGGACUCCAGCAUGUCGACGGAUGCCGGUCGGAUUCAACGCCACAAAAAACAUGUCAGUUGAAGCUACCGAUCUCGUGCUGGAUAUAGACAAUAUUCGUCAGAAGUGGCAGCGUAUCGAAGAGGUGGAAAUUCCAGAGAGAGGCAAGGAAGGCUUUCCGUACCGAACACACAUAGAAAGAAGGCAGCAGGAGCAAGCGCUCUACAGGAGUGAGCUGGGGGACUCGAGGCCUACGACUGCAAGCUUGCACCUCAAGAAAACGCCAGAUGGCGUGAAACUCCAGGAUAGAUUCUGGGACAUCCAAGUACUAGACGGUGUCUUCAUUUCCGCAUUAGAGUCCUCGUACGACUGGCGUACAUCAUACGAUCUACUUGGACCGGUGAAAAGUGGCAUCUACGCAAACUUCACCGUCAGCGACGAACGGGAGACAAUCGAACCAGAGCCGCCCGAAGACGACCUCGACACCAAUGACGAGGAGCAACCCGAGGAUCAACCCGAAGCAUCUCAGACCCUCGAAGAACCCAGCAAAGAACAAGAACAAUGCGCAUCCACCGCCCCAGAACCCAACCGCUCAGUCCCCAAGAAGCGCAAACGAACCGUACACCUAGACUACCCCUACCCACGCUCCGAAUUCUUCAACCCCCCACCCCCCAAACGCACCAAACACGCCCCUUGCAACCGUCCCCUCACCCUCUCCACGCCCCUCCUCUCAACUCCCUGGACCGAAGAAACCCCCGGACGCCGCGAAUACCACGUCGCCCACCUACUCUCCCCCUCCUCCCCCGUCGACUCACCACCCCACACCCCGAUCUCCCGCCCAGCCCCCACCAGCAUCCCCGCGCCCUUCCCCAACGACGAAGUGAGUCCAAUCGACCAAGCAGCGCAGCGGCGCUGCACGCACGAGCCAGAGCGAUGCAGAGCGUGGUGGAGCCACGCACCCGACGACUGCUGGAUUGUGGAAUCCGCGGCCGUGGUGCGCCCGCGGAGCCCGGUUUUGCACCCAAUUCUCGAGAUUGAGGGGCCCGAGGGCGAGUUUUUGGUGCCGGAGGGGGCGAGGAAGGUGUAUGAGGGGCGUGUGGUGGAUCAGUAUGGGGUUAUGGGCAGGGAGUGGCCGAGGGUGGGGGUUAGGGUGCCGUAUGAACCGAUGGGGUUGGAUGGUGUUGGGGUGGGUGGGAGCGAGGAUGGGGAGGAGGAGGGGAAGGUGGUGCGUGAGUAUCGUGCUAUGGCGGCGCCGGUCAUUCCGUUGGUCGAGAGGGAUGAGGAGGAGCUUGUUGGUGUUGCUGGUGAAGUGGAUACUGGUGGUAGUGCUGGGUAUGAGAGCGAUGGGUCGGACUACGAUGGCGAUAUAUUUCGUAGUAUGUAUAUUUCAGGGCACAUUGGCAGUUCGACUCAGGCACCGGGAUCGUAG